CCUGGUGGGAGGGUACUAUGAUGCUGGUGACAACAUAAAGUUUGGCCUGCCAAUGGCCUUUACGAUCACACUCUUAUCAUGGAGUGUUCUCGAGUAUCGGAAUUCAAUGGGAGAUCAACGCCAGUAUGCGGAACAAGCUAUCCGUUGGGGCACCGAUUAUCUGUUGAAAGCAGCGGCACACAUAGACAACCAAAUUCUCUAUGUCCAAGUAGGUAACCCUCACGAAGAGCACCAACUUUGGGAGAGGCCAGAGGACAUGGACAGCUUAAACCGACCGGUGUACAAGGUUACGGCUCAGGAACGAGGAUCCGAAGUUGCAGCGGAGACAGCCGCAGCACUGGCGGCUGCUUCCAUUGUGUUCCGUAAAUCUAAUCUUUCCUAUUCCACUGAAUUACUUAUCACGGCAAAGAAAGUCUUCCUGACGGCCGGAGAACAAGAUUUUGAGCCAUUCAAAAUACACGGAGACAACUAUGUUUGCGCUAUAUAUCAUGGCAGGCACACAGCAGGGGGACUUUAUUACGAACAAGGCUCAAGCAACCUCCAAUAUGUUACGACAUCAACAUUCCUCCUACUAAACUAUGCAAAGUACCUGAAAAGGGGGGGCCAAACUGCGUCUUGCGGCACGGCUGGUGUACUCACCGCUGAUCAACUCAUAGAGUAUGCCAGGAAACAGGUGGACUACAUCCUCGGGGAAAACCCGGCUAGAAUGUCGUACAUGGUUGGGUACGGGGUUAACUAUCCGAAGCACGUGCACCACAGGGGCUCAUCACUCCCCUCAGUGAAGGAUCACCCCGCCUUCAUCGGUUCUGAUUUCGACGCCUUAAACUCCCCAAAUCCCAACCCUAACCUCCUUGUCGGAGCUGUUGUUGGUGGUCCUGAUGAAGGAAAUAGGAUGCGGCUGUCAAGUGCGUGUUUAAACCCUAAAUUGAGUAAACGAAGAGGAAGAGAAUUGAGAAACAGAGACAAAAACGCAGGAGAGGUUACGGCGACGAAGACAGUGAGAAGUGAUAGUGAGUCCCCGAUUGUGAUGUCGGCGAGGAAGACGACGAUGGCUGCUGGAGUUGCUAUUGACAACAACACCGAGAUUGUUGGCGAAGAGGGCAGUGAAAUUACUGUGAAAUGCGUUUCUGGGAAGGAAUACCGAAGGAUGUGCAGAGAAGACAUCUUGGCUUCCAAGACAAACGUCAAAGCUAAUUGUUAUUGCAAUGUGUUGAGUGGGGUCGAGAAGCUACGGCGAACAUUGUCAGAAUCGGAGUUGGAGGCUUUGGGCAAGACGCCCUUUGGUCAUUUGCUUGAUGUUGGCAAUCUUAAAUGGGUUAAUGGACAGCUCCUAAUACUUUUAGCGUUGAACUACGUUGAACCUAUAGAGCCAGAUAGCGAUGCAAUAUCUUUCCACAUCCGUGAUAGGGUGAUUUGGGCAUUUGAGACAUUCCCAGGUCUGGAGAAAAGGGAAGUGUGCGAGAUGAUAGAGAGUCGGAGAGGCCAAUGGCCGCGUGCUUUACGAUGGGCAGCACCAACACUGACAAAUCACAUAGUGUUGGAGGAAGUGAUCUUCAGUAAUGAUAAGUUUGAAUGGAUUGGCAUGAAGGCAGUUGCCUUGGAGAUUGGGAAAGAGAAUGUUAAGUGUCUCUUUUUAAAUACCCCAAUGAUUAAAGGAGAUGGAAGCCUUAAGGUACUGCAAGUGUGUGUUCAAGGGGCCAAUGCCAGGAGUCUUGAAGGCCCGCCUAGUAAUGAGCAUUGUGGACAAGAAGAGGGGGGGAUCCUUGCGGAAGGAAAGAAUACAUUUCAUUGGGGAGUUGCUUGUGAUAAUGGAGGAGAAGCCCGGAGUACUAAGCAUGUUGGUAAGAAGCGUAAACCCAACGUAAGGAACCCGAGUCAAGGCAAAAAAGGGAAAAAGAGGACAUGUGGCAAGAAAGGUGAUGACAACGCAAGGAAAGGGGUUAAUGAAGAGUUGUUGGAAAAAGUCACAAAACUGGAGGAGAUGGUUACUGGUCUAGUGGCAGCAAAUGUGUUGGAUCGUAAAUUGCUUGUGAGCUUGCGUGGGAAAGUGAAGGGAAUGCAAAGAGCACAUGAGAGGCAUGCAGUUCUGAUGGAGAGAUGUUUGAAGAAGUGUGGUUUAAUACGUAGGAGGAAGAAAGGAAUUAAAAAGAGUAGACAACAUGCUGAAGAUGGUCCUAGCUUUGUCCUAGGCAUUGAGCAUGGAGGUAAUGAGGAUUCAGUAGCUGAUCAAGAAGAAGGUAGUGAGGACAAUGUAAAUUUAGGUGCAUCUGAUUAUGAGAUAGAAAACCCUACCCAACUUAAUGACAUGGAUGACACGAUUAAUUCUGUUGAUACAGAAAUUCUUUUGGAACGUCGUGCUGUCAUGGUGCGCAAUAUUGUGCGUGACAAUGGGGGGAGUGUUGGAGAUUAUAGCGCGGAAGAGACUGUAAGGGUGGAGAAUCAUGUGGAGAAGAUUGCUAGUGAAGACAUGAGAUCUGGGGAUUCCAAUGUGCCUAUCGCUAUCCUAGCUGAAAAGGAGGGGAAAAAAGCUGGUGAACAACGCAAGCGAGCAAAAAGAAGGGCCGAUGUUAUUGAGAGUAAGUCAGUAUGUGAUGAUGAACUGUGCCUCGGUCCUUUCACCAAGGAGCCGAUGGAACUUCCUGAGGUAGGGGUGUUAGAGAGGGUUGACACCUUCAUGCAUAAGGGUCUGCUGAAAAAGCCAAAGAACCCUGGACGGAGAUUCACUGCUACAGAUGAAAAGCUCAGUGCAGAUGCUAUAAUGGCGCUUGAUGAUGAGGAGGACACCUUGAGCAAAACAUGGUAUUACAACCUCUAUUUCCCUGAUGGGUGCCUAUCAAACCUGACCAAGCUCCGGAAUUUUUGUGACGAAAAUGGCAGAGCUGCUGAUGAUGGGGAGAGGAGUGAUUGAAAUCGAGCCAGAACAGAUAAAUACAUAUCAGAAGAAAAUUACUGCGGACCUAUUAAUGUAUGCUUCCUUUCAAGGACUCUAAAUGCUGGGCAUAGCAGGGUUAUUUAAGUGAAUGCAUGGUUGCAACCGUCAUGGAGACUUAGAUCUUUGAUACCCGCUAAAAAACAGAAUGUUAUCUU